AUGUCCGAGUCACUUGAUAUUCCAUUUGGGCUUCUUGCCUUUGAUCAAUUCGUUGCUGAGAACUGGGAUCCGGCAUCAUCACUAUCAAAACAUGAGCAGAAACGGGUGCUUGUCGAAAAGUGGAUUGGGUUAGGGAAAUAUGACCGAAAUGAAUAUUUCCUUCGAAGGGACCAAGAGGAAUACCUUGAUUAUAUUCCUCGGGACCUCCUUUCGAACUUCGAACGCUCCUCUAAUGAUAGUGGACUAAGUAGGAGCUUUUGGGUUCGUACUUGGUAUGGCCACAAGAACGACAAGGCUAGCCAAGAUACGGCAGAUCAGGCUCACCAGCGACUGUGGAAGGCAUCCAUUUAUGAAGGGGACGACGAUCCGCAUACCGAUGAUUUUGAUAACCCAAUAUCUAUAUUCGAUAAUAGAGAGGAGUUUGCUGCUCUUUACGAGGGCGAGGAUGAGGAGAUAAAAGAUGGACUUUAUGUAGCACCGGCUGAUAUAGUACCGAGGUUCCUACCCCAUAUCUUGAUGCGUUGUCCCGGUAUACUAGAUGGCGAGUCUGAUAGCCCGUGGCGCCAUGAGCCUUGCCCAGAGGUAUUCCAAGAUGGAGGGCUAGAACAGGAGCAAGUACUCCUUAUUCUUAUUGCUGAUCGAGAGGCAUGUGAGGAUGGCUGGGUUCUAUUUCUUGCGAUUAACCAUCUAGGUGAGAUUCUACCAUAUCGAAUUAGAGAUAAGGCUAGUUUGGUGGUGCAACAACUCGCAGACUGGUCUGAUGGCCAGCAGCUGGCUGAAGGGCUGCUGGAAGAAACAAUUGAAGAGUACUAUGUUAGUAGUGGUGAUGGCUGGGCAAGUAAUUAA